GACUGCAGACACAGUACAGGAGAUGACCAGAGACUGCAGACAUAGUACAGGAGAUGACCGGAAACUGCGGACAGUACAGGAGAUGACCAGAGACUGCAGACAUAGUACAGGAGAUGACCAGAGACUGCGGACAGUACAGGAGAUGACCAGAGACUGCGGACACAGUACAGGAGAUGACCAGAGACUGCGGACAUAGUACAGGAGAUGACCAGAGACUGCGGACAUACUACAGGAGAUGACCAGAGACUGCGGACACAGUACAGGAGAUGACCAGAGACUGCGGACACAGUACAGGAUAUGACCAGAGACUGCGGACACAGUACAGGAGAUGACCAGAG